UCUCACGUAGAACGCUCCACAGCGGCAUCACGUUUCAGUGCGGUUGAAUUGAGCAGGUUUAUGGAGAGCGUAACUUAUAGUAUCCGUCUCAGCAAGCAAUAAAUAAGUAUUUUCUACGUAACGUCAAAGUAUCUACUAUAGUCGCCACAGGUGGACGGGGCCAUGAAUCUUUAUAGCCAAGUAAAAUUAGGCUUUACUCCGCAACAUAAUUAAUCGGCUUCAUGCUACUUGUCUGCGUGAGUCUCGUCACUAAUUAAUUGCCAUUAUGAGAUUAUUUAGGUUUCUACUUAAAAAUGCUGCUCCGAAGAUAGAAUAUUAUUCUAGAUUCUCUCCAUCGCCGCUGUCUAUCAAGCAAUUUUUGGAUUUCGGUCAGGAUGCAUGUGAAAAGACUUCCUACAUGUUCCUGCGGAAGGAACUUGCCGUGCGAUUGGCCAACACCAUGCGUGAGGUCAAUCUGCUUCCUGACAACCUGCUCAGCCAGCCGUCCGUCAAACUGGUGCAGACAUGGUACAUGCAGAGCUUUGUGGAGCUGCUGGAGUAUGAGAACCGACGCCCGGACGAUCUCCACGCCCUCAAUGAUUUCUUGGACAUUUUGAUCAAGAUUCGCAACCGGCACAAUGAUGUGGUUCCAACCAUGGCCCAGGGUGUGAUCGAGUACAAAGAGAAAUUUGGCUUUGAUCCAUUCAUCAGCAGCAACAUCCAGUACUUUCUGGACCGGUUCUACACCAGCCGAAUUUCUUUUAGGAUGCUCAUCAACCAGCACACCCUCCUGUUUGGAAAUGACACAAACCCUGCUCAUCCCAAACACAUUGGCAGCAUUGACCCUAACUGCAAUGUUGUAGAGGUGGUGACAGAUGCCUAUGAGACCGCCAAGAUGCUCUGUGAACAGUAUUACAUGGUCGCACCUGUGCUGAAGGUCCAGGAGUUCAACGGGAAAGCCCCCAAGAAGCCCAUCCAGGCAGUGUAUGUGCCAUCUCACCUGUUUCACAUGCUGUUUGAGCUCUUUAAGAACUCUAUGCGUGCCACUGUCGAGCUGCACGAGGACAAGUCUGGGGACGUUCCUCCGGUGACAGCGCUGGUGACCCUCGGGAUGGAAGACCUCUCCAUAAAGAUUAGUGACAAGGGCGGAGGGGUCCCGCUGAGGAAAAUCGACCGGCUCUUUAACUACAUGUACUCGACCGCACCCUCACCCAGCCUCGAGCCUUCACGUGCCGCUCCACUGGCUGGGUUUGGAUAUGGCCUGCCUAUUUCCAGACUCUAUGCCCGGUACUUCCAGGGAGACCUGAACCUGUACUCCAUGGAGGGCGUGGGGACAGAUGCUGUCAUUUACUUGAAGGCUCUUUCCAGUGAGUCUUUCGAGCGGCUUCCUGUCUUCAACAAGUCAGCCUGGCGACACUACCAGACCGGUCCCGAGGCAGACGACUGGAGCAUCCCCAGCAGCGAGCCACGAGACGCGUCCAAGUACAAGGCCAACCGUUAACCUCCCUUCCUCCCCAGGCUCCACCCGUUUCCUCAUUUCCUGUCAACACUGCGACUGGCAGUGCCUCCUUUGUUAGCCAGCAGGAGCCUGCGUGCUGACGCCGCAUCAUCCUGCACCAGUCUCCUGCCCUCGUACAUCAGCUGUUAUCGUCACACAACGUGACCUUCCUGAGGGGAGGGGAAGGGAGAUGCACUUUAUGGUACUAUUAUAGCCACUGAUAAGGCUGGAGAAUGUGUAUUGUUUCCCAAGCUUAAGAAAUUCGGCCUUUUGCCUAGUUGUGUGUGUGUGUGUGUGUGUGUGUGUGUGUGUGAGAUCAGGUUGUUUACUUGUCAGGUUCAAGCCGCAUGUAACAAACACGUAGUUUUUUCUCUUGUGGAAUGUAAGGGCUGUACAGAUAAUAGAAAAACUGUUUUGACGAAUGAUGAUAUAUGCAAAAAUAUAGAAGCAUAUUUUCAUAUAGUAAUGUGUAUUUCCAAUGAUGACGUACAUAUGUUUGCACAUAAUGAAGGCCUGAUAACAUCUGUUUUAGGUGAACUGAUUUUAGGUGUUUUACCACGAAGGAAAUCCAGAUGGUUUUGGGAAUCUCACACGAGAGCAGGUUUUAGAUGUGACAGAAAGUGAGGUCAACAUAAACCACUUAAUUCACACUUGGUGGAGUUUCUGCUCCCAUAGCGAUUGAUAUUUGGGGAUAAAUAGCUCAGGAAUGCUUCAUGAUGGGUAUACGUGCCUGAGUGGUAGUAUCUUUCCAUGUGUUGCUUGGCCCAUAUGGGUUCUACUGCCCUCUGUAGCGGGUGUGCUGGUUUCAAAUAAAUGGAAUGUUUGAACAUAAAUAUUUUGGAUUAUACAAGAACAUAAAAUGUUUAGACUAUUUGCACUCUUUGUGUUCACAUUCCAAAAGGCCAACAUUUAAAUCUUGUGGAAUUACGUUUGAAAAUUGAUCGCAACCUUUACUGGAAUACCCGUAUCUAAUAUAUUUUGUCCACUGUCGAAAUGUUUGUCCCAAUCCAAUCCUGUAAUUUGAUGAUUGUGUGAGUUCUUGGUUAAACUCCAUUCAUUCAGCCAGGCUGAGCAGACUUGUGGAAGACUGUGCAGUAAAUCACUGCUGAGCAUUAAAUGCUUAGGUGAGCAGUGAGGAGAUGGGAUUCGGUCAUUGUAUUCACUAAUAUGAACAUCAUGAGCUAAAAUUUACGGAUUAAAAUUAUGUGUUGGACAUUGCUGUUGGACAUUUUCACUUUUAGCUCCGCUAGACAGCUGCAUGAAAUGCAGAAAAAAUACAAGAUUAUAUAAGCCUGCGCAAUUGGAACAUGCACAGUCAAAAUGUUAAGAAUUGUUUACCUUGGUAUUGCAAGAAUUCACCAGAAAUAAGUUUCCUCUCCAAAAAUAAAUAUGAAAAGGAAUUCCAAAAUCCAAUAAUUAAAUCGGAAUUUUUGAUGAUUUUGAAUUUUGAUCAUCAACAUUAUUUAGUUAGUGUUUGGCAAAAAUGCAGUUGGUUGCAUUUUUUUUCAGUGCAAGCAUGAUCAUUUCUCUUAAUAAUAAUUUAUUAUAUAAAUAAUAUAUUAUUUAAAUAUAUUUUUUACAUUGUAUUUAUUAAAAUGUAAUGUAUUCAUAAAAAUACAGUGUAACAUUAUCAAUGCUAAAGGGCGGUGAAAUAGACAUAUCUUUUUAUCUUUAAGUCUUCCUCUGAAGGUUGACAUCCCCAUGUUUGUACUGUCUGUUCCCCGUAUGACUGUCUCUUUUCUGCACGGUGAUGCCCAUGCUUUUUUUGGAAAUAUAACAGCAUUCAGCGCAUAGAUAUUUUGUCAUGGUUGAAUAUGAAAGUAGUUGAUGAGCCCUUCUGUAAACUGUGGUCUGAGAAAACCAUUCCAUGUGCCUUUUCUCAAAGAUUUAGUUUAAGACGAUAUUUCUUCAUGAUGCUUCAGGCGACUCUUUGCACACUUUUAAUCCAUGCAAUCCUUGCACCAUCCGCACAAUUUCUUUUUCAUUUAAGAUGUGUUCAUUUUUCUAAUUUAUUGAUUUUGACUUUCCUUCUUUAAUCAAAAUGAGAAUAUGGUGCAGUUUGCUGCAGUUGCACACCGGGGACCGGGGUUUGAUUCCCGGUCCUGCCAAAAGCCAAGUUAGGCCGGCUCAUAUAGAGCGGCAGAAUUGGCUCGCCGCUCCAGACGUUUUGAAGAAGGCGUGUCGCUCUUCCUCGGCCCACCAGGGGGCGGGGUGUGGGCGGUGUAUCUAACACUAACUCUAAUUGAAUUAGGGGGGAGUACAAUUGCCUAAUAAAUUGGGAGAAAAAGGGAAAAAUCAGAAAUAAAUUUAUAAUUAAAAUUUUUUUUUAAAUAGAAUAGGUUCGGUUAUUUGCGCUCAGGGUGCAAAUAUUGGGGCUAAUUGGACCCCAGCUAAACCAAAGGUAUUUGGGUUCUGCCUUGCUUCCUGAGAGGUGAAUUGGCAUGCGAACCCUUUGUCUUGAAAACAUGCCUGAAUAAAUGAUUAUCUGUUGUUUCACACCUAAGUGGAUUGUACGCAUUAUGUUAUCGUGGUGUUAUAUUAUGUUAUGAGGUGACAGACUAGAAAGUGCCUCGUGCAGAAGGCUGGGGGGCGCCCUGUCACUCGGGCGCACCGUUCAUUACCAAAGCAUUGUGACCGAUGCUUUCUCCUGGUGUUUCUGCGUAUAUAUAUAUUAAAAAAGUCUGUUUGGUGUC